GAUCUAGUCUUAAGCAAUUUUGUAGAGUUGACACCCAAAUGUCAAAACUUCUCACGGAAAGCCCAUUAUCGUUAACUUGACUCAGAUCCCCGAUCAAGUUAGCGUGCAAGCCCUCUCCCAGUCCCCCUACCCCUGCCCCCCGCCGAGGAUCCUAUUGCCUAUAAUUCUGUUCAUUCAUUUCUCAAUCAUGUCUCCCACUGCUGCAAUUCGCGGCCGAAUUUUUACUCUUCUUUUGCUCUUAAGUGUUCAAAAACUUCUGUUGGUUCGCUCAUCAAUAGCUCCCCCGCCACCCCCCUUCAACAUUUCUCACUUCCUCUUUCCCAAAGUUACCGCCUUCAUUGAAUCGGGUGUCGCUCCUCAAGCCCCUCAUCUUUUACAGGGUGUUUUGGAUGCUAUUACCAAUAAAGAGAAGUGGGCAUUGGAGGAUAUUCGAGUUUCAGAACUAGAUGUGAAGAAAGCGAAAUAUGGUACGGUGCAAACACGGGAGUUCCGGGUUCGGAUUGGGAAGAGUGAAAUUGUGUUCAAGGUGUAUGAGGAAGCGCCGGAAUGGAAGAAACUUGCGGUGCUGAGGAAAAAUGGGUCAUCAAACUUUGAGAGUUUGGUUAGGGAAAUUGGUUCUAAGGCGGUGGUUGAUAGUUUUAAGAUUGAAGGCCCUUUCGAGUUGCAGGCCGCUAGAGAUGAUGAUCAGCUCUCACUUAUGUUGCCUUUUAAUACUACACACUCUGGUUUGAGGCGAAUAUCAGUUGGUGAAGGCGUCACUGUUGAAGUACAAGGUGCUGAAGGAAUUUCUACAUUUCAUCCUCCUGAUCCUCAUCAACCUCUAUAUCGCAUUUUCACUUAUAGAAAGUGGAAUGAAAUUGAAUCUAUUUGGCCUGCAUCAUGCACAAAAUUACUCCCUAUACGCAUUCUGGGUUCUGCAUCAGUAGUGGCCUACAGAAGUAAAAAAUCAGCUGCUCUCAGGACUGUCUUUUCCUCCAGAAAUGCGAUUGAAUUACUACCAGACAAGUGCUAUCUGUGGCCAAACUAUGAGAAGCCAAGACAGUUUUUUAGUCCUUUGAGCCUUAGAGUAGCUUUAAAAGUCCUGAGCAGUUUCCUGGAUGAGAAACCCAAUCCAAAUGUUUUGUUGCGAUCUUUCAGGGCAAGGAUUGGAGCAUCGACCAUAUAUCGCUUUCAGUUGGAACUGGAAAGGAAUAUCAGAAGCAAUGAUACUUACUGGAGUACGUUAGCUCAGUGGAGAACAAGGCCUAUUGUUGAGCGUGUAUGGUUUGAAGUAGUGGCGAGGCUUGAUGGUGAGGUAUUGAAGCCCUUAGUCAUCAAGAAGGUUAGACCUUUUAUUGACAUAGACUCAAUUUCUUGGAGUAGUUUAUUGUCGAAUCUUUCCUUCACCAAGUUUCCGUCUAUCCUUGUCCCACCUGAGGCACUGACACUGGAUGUGAAAUGGUAGGAAAGUGAUGGUGAUUGUCGAGCGUGUUUCUCUCCUCCUCUGUAUAAAAACUUGUUCAUAUAUACAGAAUGAUCUGCUCGAGCACAUCGCUUGAUUUGUAAAGGAACAGUGAAACCAAGUCACCUGUAUGAAAUGCAAUUACAGAUUUUUCUUCAUCAAGAUCAAA